AUGGCUAUGACGACCUGGAUUGUUCUGUUUCUUUCGCUGUCAGCUUUGGUGCAGAAAAGCUUCGAAGGUAACAAAUAAUGCACAGAAAAUUGGCUAAUGUGAAUGUUUAUGGUUGUUUUCAGAUAAAAUUAUAAGGUGGCCUAACACCGAUAAACUUAUGAAAAAUAUCAUUUGGAAAGUAAAACCGUUACUCCUUAGUAUUUUUGAGCCCCUCAAGUGUGGCUCUGUGUGGAAAUAAUUUUGAUAAGCCCGCUCGCUUGAUCAGAAAUGAUAAAGUGCCUUCGUAUAUCCUGAUAACUGAGGAACGGGGGGAGGUAGUGAGAUCAUGCUCAUGAUGGAAAGUUCAGUUUCUAUGCCUCACCGUAAAGUGAAAACCCUCAGAAGGUAUCACCGGUAAUACUAUUGCUCUGACUAUCUCUGCAAAUAAGAAAAUUCCGUAUUGUGACCGGCGAGCCCAUCAGCAAAUUCCUCUAAUAUGUCAGUUCCUGGUUGUAGUACGCUGUAGUACGAGCAGUGGGAAUAGUAUUCUGUAAUAGAUUUCUUUUUUUAAGUUCUUUAGUCACAAAGAAGAGCUUCAAAUCUCUCCAUUUGAUCUUGAAUUAAAGCGUGCAGUCACAUGUAGUUGAAAAUAAUCACGUUGUUCAUUUUUAACUCGUGAAUUGCGCGCAUGCGCAAGAGCGAGUUAUAGAUACGGUAUGGGGAAUGGCAUUCGCUCGCUCGCUCGCUCGAUUGGUCGAUUCCUGUAAACAUUUUUUAGAUUUUAGGCUUUUGAGUGCAUUUGAUAGUUUUUGGCGAGCAAUAAACAGACGAAAUGGCGACCUUUGUUGCUAAGAAUAGUGGUGGGGUGAAAGAGAAGCCAAUGAUAAUCUUAAAAGAGUUUUUUUUUUUCAUUUUAGUUUCAACAAGCGGCGCCAGCGACUGGCAGGCAUGCAAGGAUUCACACUGAAAUAACAGAACAACCUUCGUUUUUCAUAAAAUUGUAAUUUACAAUCCUUGAACUUGAAAACAAUCCGAAGAUUCAUUGAAAAUAUCAGUUACUGCGAAGCGCUCGGAGUUUACAGAUGUUCAAAAGCUUUUUCUGUUAUGGCGUGAGUUGAGGACAAAAUUGAUCAUUACGUUUCGUCGCGUGUGUUUUUCCUGUGUGAAGCAACAGAAGAUGCCGGCGACUGACGAAAUAACAAGUUAACACGAAAAUCAAAUAACACCUAAACAAACAAUUUUAGCUACCGAUUUUCAGUGAAUUUUUAAAGAACAAUUUUCUUUUAAGUUUCAAGACAAUUUGAAGAUUCAACAUACAUACAACGUACUAAAAUGCGAAAGUUACACACCACAAAAUUGAUAAAUAGGCCUGAAAUGAAAUUCUAUCUUGUUAUUGAUUAUACGUUGCCUAGCACGUGACUUAAAUCUACCCAGGCGGAGAUCCAAAAUGACGGUGGCAGGCUUGGCUUAGUUAUAUCACUCAAAACUCGUUCCCGUUUGUCUCAUUUGAUAAAGAGGGAAUCGUUAAUGUUUUCAUUAAGACAAUAUUGCCUUGAUUUUCUAAUAUUUACAACGAAAGACAGUAAAUUUCACUUUUCACCCACAUUUACUUCCAACCUUUUCUUUUGAACCAGAAACAAAAAUGAUAGACGUUUAAAACACAUGACAUCAUCCACCUUGUCAAAUGUAAUAGCAUGAUCAUUUCAAUUGUAAUGCCUUCUUAUCCCAACGUUACUUUGUUUCUUUGCUACAUUAGCGAACACUGAACUACUGCUCGUACUCUAGAUAUGACAAUCAACCACAAAAUUCCCUAAACCAGAUAACAUUAAACAUAAUCUAAAAAAUCAUGUGUCAAUUCACGAGUUUGCUCACAGAGCACUUUGAUUACUUGUGAUAACUCGUCGAAGUGUAGCUUCGAAGUGUAACCGCGUUAAUGUGGGAAUGUUUUCCCUAGGCAAGAUAAUCGCACGAACAAGUUUUUUGCAGUUAUUCUCAGCUAGAAGAUGUAACUGUGUUUUUGGAAUGGAAAUUACCAUCCCGAAAUCAGUAAACCUACCUGUAAAGUCCUAUGACAAGACAUUCUGGAAGAAUAUUCAUGCAUUUUAUUCUUUUGAAUAGCGAAACCGACAGCGAUCUAGAAUUAGGUUGAAACAGUCAAAAUAAUAACAAGCAUGACCAAGCAAUGGUACUUAUUAUGACUAGCAUCCUCUUUCAGAACAAAGCAUAUGCACUAGUGAAACAGAUGUAGUGUUCAUAGUGGAUUCCUCGUCAAGCAUUCGUAUGAACAAUUUCAAUAAUCAAAUAAAGGACUUUGUGAAGAGGUCAGCAGCGGAAUUCGGCGUUGCACCGGGCAAGAGUCGCGCAGCAGUUAUACUAUUCAGUGAGAAUGCUGAAGUCAAUAUAAAAUUUGGUGACGCCCCAACCCUGAAAAGCUUUCAGGCAAAAGUGGAUAAAUUGAAGCACCAGCAAGGUCGUGCUACACUAAUCGACAAAGCCCUGAAAUUGGCAAAGGAUCUAUUUAUUCCCGAGUCGAAAGAAAGAAAGGGCGUAAAGAAGGUUGCACUCCUUCUUACUGAUGGGAAACAAACAAACGAUCCGGGGACAGACCUAGAAGAAGCAUCUAAGCCUUUACACGACGAAAAGGUCGUUACGAUAGCCGUUGGUAUUGGCGACAGCGUGGAAAAAACUGAACUGAAGAAGAUAGCUAAGAGCGAGAACGAUGUGGUAAUAACUAAGAACUAUACAGACCUGCAAAAUAAACUUCUGAGCAUAAUCAGCAUUGCCUGUGAUGAGGGUAAGUCCAUCAUAUAUUAACUCUUUAAAUUCACAAGUGAUCAAUCAGGAAAUUUUCUCAUAAAAUCAGAACACUGUUUGACAAACAUGUAGUAAGAAUAAAGACAGUGUUCAAAAGGGGAAUGUGAAUUCUCAACGGUUAUUGCUUGAGGGAAAUUUUAUACAUAUUGAAAUGGAAUUUAUGAGAGUGUCACAAACAUAAUUUCUAUAGUCAGAACACUCCCCAAAAAUUUAAACAAAUGUUGUGUACUAUUUCGUAUUUUCCUGCAAUUUCGAUAAUCCUUUAGCCCGAGGAGGGUGAAAUUCGAGACGCCCCAACAACUUACCAUUCUGGGCAUGCCAAAGCAAUUCUUUGUUAAAUGCCCGAUCGAUCUAAAGUUUGAAACGCGGGAAAGAUGAUCAUCAUGAUAUGCCAAACCCUGACUAUUUCAUGCAUUCGCUUUAUGUUGAAAGAUAUGUGAUAAGGCAGUAUCGAAUGUUUCUUGUUCUUGGAAUCUAUUUUUAUGCAGUUCAAGAAAACAUUUUAGAUAAACGGACAGAGCUCUAUAUAUAGACUACAAAAUUAUACGGGAAAGUACAUAUGUUUGUACCACGAUUUUUCCCUGACGUGCCUCUGAAAUUCAUAAUAAAUUCUCAAUCUUAAAACAACAAUCUAUGAAAGAAAAGAGAUUAAGGAAAAUCCAGAGAGGAUGGCAGAUCAUUGAUGCAAAAAUGUUGGAGAUGUUGCAUCAUUGUUUGACCUCUUCGUAGGUAACUGUGCUUGCUUCAGCGGCUCAUCAUAUAUUACCGUUGAAAACUACGAGGAUGAAAAGGCCGGAGAACAAGACGACAUCCACUUUGAAUUCAAGAGCUCCAAGCCGUUUGGAACAAUCAUGUUCGUUAAGGGUACCUAUGACGACCAUAUUCACGUGGAAUAUAAUCAUAACGACGAACUGACGUACCUUGUGGACCUCGGAAGAGGUAAGGAGAUUUUGUAACCGAGAUGUAAUCGACCGAACUUGUAUUGUAUGAGAUUAAAUAAACAUUAAAUAUAUAUUUGCAUGCGAUCCACUCUCAGCAAAUCGUUCUUAGAGCAACUUAGAAAAAAGAAAUGAGAAGAAAAAGUACUGAUUUUAAAGAGCUUGAAACAAGAUGCUUCAACUUUCAAUUUUAAAACUGGUUGACGUGGUCACUGUGAUUUGUUUCAGGGAAGAAAAAUAAUGGCAAAGGGCGUGAAGCUGGACGACAACAAAUGGCACACAUUUCGACUUGAGCGAGUUGGACGUUCGUUCAACAUAACCAUCGACAAUGCAAGUAAACCACAAG